AUGUCUGCAGAGCGAGGCGCGCCCAAAAGGCGCUGUGUGAGUACUGCUUGCAUAGCCUGUCGCCGGAGGAAGUCCAAAUGUGAUGGCAAUCUGCCCAGCUGUGCAGCAUGUUCCUCGGUGUAUCAUACACCAUGUGUUUAUGAUCCAAACUCCGAUCAUCGACGUAAAGGAGUAUACAAGAAAGAUGCUGAUACUCUUCGCACUCGACACACGACACUGCAAACUUUGAUACAAGCACUAUUAAACUAUGAAGAAGACGAUGCCUUCGAUUUGGUCCGCCAGAUUCGUUCCUGUGAUGAUCUGGAAGAUGUUGCCAAAUCGGUCAUUGCUCGAGAGAAAGGACUUCUCGCUGCCGCAUCUGCUGACGCCGGCAGAGAGUCAAACGAUGAAACUGCUGGGGUUGACCAGUUCGAAUCUGAGCUAUCCGGUAAAAUGAGCGAACUCGUACUUGAUGGGACUCGCAAGUUCAUUGGCGGCACGUCCAAUCUCAUUUUCCUUCCGCCGGGCUCGGAGAUACAGGAGUCUGAGUCGACCACCGAUUCUCCUGCCCUCAAUGACUCGCAACCAGUCCGGCGAUGGACUCAGGUCACCGAAGAUGACUCGCUGAUAAGCCAUCUCCUGACCAUGUACUUUACAUGGCACUAUCCCUUCUUCACUCUUCUCGCCAAAGACCUGUUCUACCGGGAUUAUAUCCGGGGUGUCUCUAGCCCAUACUGCUCCCCACUAUUGGUUAACGCCAUGCUAGCACUUGGCUGUCAUUUCAGCUCAUGGAGAGGGGCAUUUGCAGACUCGGUGAACCCCAAUACGGCGGGGAAUCAUUUCUUCAAAGAAGCUAAGCGCUUGAUCCUGGAAAAUGAUGAGCACGAGAACGCCAAGCUCUGCACCGUCCAAGCAUUUGCCCUCAUGUCUGUCCGCGAAGCCGGUUGUGGUCGAGAGGGCAAAGGCUGGGUUUACAGUGGUCUGAGCUUCCGCAUGGCCUUCGAUCUGGGAUUGAAUGUCGACGCGAAGAACAUGGGGUCCCACAACCUAAGCGAGGAGGAAGUUGAUGCACGACGAAUCACCUUCUGGGGCUGCCACCUCGUUGACAAGUGCUGGUCAAAUUACCUUGGUCGUCAACCACAACUUUCUUCAUCUAACACAAAUGUUUCCAAAUUUGACGUGCUACCCAGAGAAGAAGGCGAGCUUUGGUCUCCCUAUACAGAUGCCGGCGUGGGUCAUGACCACACACAGCCGUCUAGAACGAGGACAGUAGCGUUCCAGAUUUCGAAACUGUGUGAAAUUAGCAGUGAUCUACUGGUCUUCUUCUACCAUCCUGCUGAAUUAGAGAAAACUCAACAGAAGCACUUGGAGCUGAAGAGAUUGAGUGAUGUCCAUACUCGUCUCGAGGCAUGGAAAAAGGAGCUUCCAAAAGAACUGGACCCGAGAGAAGGCCAGUUACCCCAGGUACUUGUCAUGCACAUGUUCAACCAACUUCUCCUCAUCCAUCUCUACCGACCUUUCUUAAAAUAUACCCGCAGCAACACACCUCUUCCAUCCCACGUCUCACCGCGCAAAAUAUGUACCCAGGCUGCCUCGGCCAUUUCGAAAUUGAUGAGAAUGUACAAACGAACAUACGGAUUGAAACAGAUUGUCAACAUUGUCGUAUAUAUUGCACACACUGCUUGUACCAUUCAUCUCCUCAAUCUCCCAGAGAAGAACGCCCAACGAGAUAUCAUCCACGGUCUACGGAACCUCGAAGAGAUGGCUGAGGGUUGGCUAUGCGCUCGUCGUACAUUACGCAUCCUCGACAUUUCGGCCAGCAAGUGGCAAGUCGAGCUACCACCAGAGGCAACCACUAUCUUUGAGCGAACCCAUGUGAAAUGGGGCUCGUGGGGAUCCUGGGACCAAGUAGCUUCGCCCUCUACAUCCGAUGAUUCCCAGAUUACCCACGGCAAUUUCCAAUCCUCAGUGACCAGCCCGAGCCGAUAUUCCACCUCCCCAACCAACAAUCAGGUUCGACCAAUCGCACCUUCAGCCGAGACCAUUGCACCCAACCCUCCCAUCAACAUGGUAGCCCCAUCCAGGAACCCGGCUGCCACCAUGCCCUCGGCAAUGACAGCAAUGCCUGCAGCGCGCAGCAUCCCAAGCGCCCUAGCUCAGCGCUCAGAGUUCGCACCCCCCGAACCAACAUACCUCCGACCUCUUUUCCAGAUACCGAAUCUCGCCUCCGCCGGAUCAUCCACCGCGCCUCAAAACCAACCCGGCUGGUACGACGCCUCAGGUCCGCCGAUCGCAGCCCAGAAUACCACACCGCGCUCGAACUCGACCGUCUCCGGAUUCGAGGGCACAGAGCACCUUGUCGAGGAAAGCCAAGACUGGUGGUCGCGCAAUGCAAUCGGCGUUGAGAACUGGCCCGGGCCCUGGAGCCCUGAGAUGUCGGUGCCCACGCCUGCUAUGCAGUAUGACGGUAAUCACGCUUAUGCCAUGGCAAUGGCUCAGCAACCUAGUUCUUCGUCCGUCUCGAGUCGUCAACCACAGGCCACAGUGGAGAUGAAUAAUAUCGGGCUCGUAGCGGAGAACGCCACGUCCGGUUAUGACGAGCCAUGGAAAUGA